AUGAUUUACCCAUCUCCUAUAUUGCUAGUAAAUAAGGUUUGGUUUGAAUCAAAAUUUGGUCUUCAUUCAGAUCAACUUCCCCAGGAUUCAUUAAUAGAGUGGUGGAAUGCUCUAGUAAAUGACUUGCAGCAACUCAGAAAUGCAAAGAAAGAAUUUGUUCUAUGCAUUUUUUUACUCUGGCAAAUUUGGAAAGCACGCAACGAGGUAGUGUUUAAUCGAAAUCAUAUGCCUACUUCAUUAAUAGUUAGCAAGGCAGCCAUGCAAAAUCAAGAGUAUAUAGCAGCUUUACAUAAGAGAUCUAAUUUGGAUGGCAUGUCGAGUACUCGCUCAACUGUGCAAACUAAUCCACCUGUAUGGGUACCUCCACCGAUAGGGUUUCAUAAAGUUAAUUUUGAUGGUGCUAUUGAUAUGAACCUACGGACAGGUGCUAUUGGUUUUGUGGUCAGUGAUUUUGCAGGUAAUUUUAUCUUGGCUGGGGCUCGACGUUUUAUGGGCAUAAUUGAACCUAUGGUUAUAGAAGCAUUGGCGCUUCGGACAUCAAUGGAGGAGGUGUUGUCUAUUACAGAGAGUCGACUAAUCUUUGAAGGAGACUGUCAGGUUCUCAUUAAUGCCGUCAAUUCCUCCUCUAGCACUGAUAGAGAUGCCGGAGUAGUAUUGGAAGACAUACUAAGCUUAGUUUCCCGGUUAACGGAAAUUAGGUUUCAAUAUGUUAACCGCAAAUGUAAUUGGGUAGCCCAUUUGGUGGCUAAAAAAGCCCUGGUCGAUGACUGCUUUUGCAGUUCUCAUCAUUCUGUUUUAGAAUGGCUCACUCAAAAUUGUUGA